AUGACCUGGGGACAACAAAAUACACAACAAGAGGCAUUUCAACAGUUAGACUACGCCUUAGCUCAAGGUGUUAACUUCAUUGACACUGCGGAAAUGUACCCAAUCCCCCCCACUCCAGCAAAACAGUUUCAAACAGAAGAAAUAAUUGGACACUGGCUACAAAAGAGACAAACAAGAGAACAAAUUAUACUAGCGACAAAAGUGCUAGGGCCUGCUCCUUGGAUGCCUUGGGUCCGUAAUGGGAAAACACACCCUAACCGUAAACAAAUUUUACAAGCUAUUGAUGGCAGCUUAAAACGGCUCAAAACAGACUACAUUGAUCUAUACCAAAUCCAUUGGCCUGACAGAACAACGAAUUUUUUUGGUCAACUCAAUUAUGAACACCAAGCAGAUGAAACCCCUAUUCAAAUCACAGAAACUCUUGAGUGUUUAAACGAGCUAGUUCAACAAGGAAAAGUCCGCUAUAUCGGGAUCUCGAAUGAAACACCUUGGGGUAUGAUGCAAUACAUCAAACUUUCAGAAAUCAACCAAUUACAACGUAUACAAAGUAUCCAAAACCCUUACAAUUUGUUGAAUCGAUCUUUUGAAAUAGGUUUAUCCGAAAUAAGCCUAAGAGAACAGAUUGGUUUACUAGCUUAUUCACCACUAGGUUUUGGUGUUUUAUCUGGCAAAUAUUUAGCCGCUAAAAAACCGAAACAGGCACGACUAUCAUGUUUUCCUAACUACCAACGCUAUAGUAAUAAACAAGCACAACAAGCUACGAAAGCCUAUGUUGAACUUGCAAAAACAUACCAUAUCGACCCCGCUCAAAUGGCAUUAGCUUAUGUAAACUCACGCCCUUUUGUUACAUCAACAAUUAUUGGCGCAACAACCCUUGACCAAUUACGCGCCAAUAUUGCUAGCAUAAACCUAAGUUUACCUUCAGAAGUUUUACAAAAAAUUGAAGCUAUUCAUCAAAAAACACCAAAUCCAGCACCCUAA